AUGAGUUGGUACAAUCAGCACCUGCCACAUAAGCAACAAUGAGUCAAAUCAGCAAGAAAGUGGAUCCAGGGACUUUUUUAAAAAACAAAAAUUUUGCAGGGAUGAAAUUCAAAAAUUUUUUUUACCAGGGACCAAAACCCAAACUCGCUAUAUAUACAGGGACCAAAAGCAUAUUUUAGCCUUUUUGAAACAACCUGAUGGAACACAAGUGCCUUCAGAGAUACGUAACAACAAUAGGUUGUACCCAUAUUUCAAGGUAAGAAUAAGUUUGUCUUACACUUCGAUAAGUUAUGUUAUACACUUUUAAUGGGAUAAUUGAAUGCCAGGAUUGUAUCGGAGCAAUUGACUGUACACAUAUACGUGUCAAAGUUCCAACAGAACUUGCACCUAGAUACCGUGGUAGAAAAGAUUACCCUACACAAAAUGUAUUCGCUGCGUGCACAUUUGACUUGAAAUUUACAUAUGUCUUGGUUGGAUGGGAAGGAACAGCAUCAGACUCAAGAAUAGUAAAGAGUGCUUUGACACGUCGGUAUCCUCUUAAAGUCCCGCAAGGUAACGAAAAAAUACAAAAGCUUUUUAUAAGUAUGUAGCUUAUCCAAACCAAUAGACUCAUUAUUUUCUAUAGGAAAAUAUUAUCUUGCUGAUGCGGGGUUUCCUUUAAAGGCAUGUCUCAUCACACCUUAUAGGGGAGAACGUUACCACUUACAAGAAUAUUCUAGAAAUCCACCUCGAAACCCUCGCGAGUUGUUCAACAAUCGACAUUCAUCGUUAAGAAUGUCUAUUGAAUGUGCAUUUGGAGUGUUGAAGAAGAGAUUUCCAAUUCUGCAAACUUCAACUGAACCCACAUUUGGAAUUAAAACUCAAAAUGAAAUCAUUGUUGCUUGUUGCAUCUUACACAAUUAUUUGAUGACUGAAGACCCUAACCAGAAUCUAAUAGACGAGGUGCGUCACGAGCUCACAAAUGAAAGCGGUUUGCAAGAGGGACAUCAAGCUCAAAGAGAAAACAAUGAUGAUACAGCUAGAGGAGAGCUAGUUAGAGCUGAUGUUACUGGUUCAAUGUGGAUAGCUUACUAAAAAAGUAUUUGAAGGCCUCUCUUUCAAAUAUGGAGUGUUCUUAGGCUAUUUAGGCUAGUUUAUUGGUGUUUGUUUUGAUGUUUUGGGCUUAUGUUUUGAAGCUUAACGUGUUGCCAUUUGUUUGAGUAUGAUAACUGACACUUUGUUGAUACUAAUGUGAACUUGGGGAAUCUGUUUGCAAUCUGAAUCUUAAUUUUUAGUGCUUGGAAUCUUCAUAUUUCAACUUGUGCUUGAGUUUGUAAUUUGUGCUUGAAUUAUUAUAUAUGUCGUUUGUUUUUUUUAAUAUUAGAUAUGGAAGAAAGUUCAAAGAGGCCAAGGAAAUGCAAAGGUCCUGAUACUUGUAAUUGGACUUUAGCUAUGGAUGAGGUAUUGAUGGAUGCAUAUUUGCAUCAACAUACUCUGGGAAAUAAAAAUGGUAACAGUCUGACAUCAUUUGCAAUGGAUAGUAUUUUUCAAGAGCUGAAAACUCACUUUCCAGACAAGCCAAUUACUAAAGACAAGAUUAAAGAUCACAUGAAAAAUAUCAAAGCAAAGUUCAAUCCUUGUUAUGAUGUUUUCAAGAAUGGUUUGAGUGGGUUUGCAUGGAAUGCAGAGACAAAUACGUGGAUUGCUGAAGAUGAAGUCUGGGAAAGUCUAAUUAAGACAAAACCCGUAGCUGCUGAGUGGAAAAAUAAGCCUAUUAUGUUUUAUGAUAAACUAGCAACUCUUUUUGGGAAAGAUCGAGCAACAGGAGAUGAUGAAGAUACAUGAUUUGAAAUGAGAGCAAAAAAAGCUGCUAGUGCUAAAAAAAAUUACGGUCCAACCAUUGAGGAUAUAGACCAUUUGGUUGAAACCAAUGAAGUUACUUUGGAGGGAUUUGAAGUUGAUGAAGAAUUUGAUCCCAAUGGUUCUCCUAAAAGACCUUCUAUUAGGAAGCCUCAAGAUGUACCAUCAUCUAGGAAUAAGAAACGUGCAAGAAAGGUGGAUGAAGAUGAGACAAGCAUGAGCGAAAUUGCUAAGACUUUUAAGAAAAUGGCUGAGAUGUUUGAACUGAACACUGCAGAGUUGGUCAAACAGAAUAAGAGUUCUAGUGCUGAAGAUGUUUAGGCUAACUUGGUCGAGAUUGGUGUUGAAGAAGCUUCCUUGCCUUGUGUCUACAUGCACCUUGUUCAACAUCCAGAAGCAUGGAAAGCUUUUAAUGGAAUUCCAGUUGAUAAGCGUAAGGAAAUGUUACCUUACAUUGUGCCGAACUAUCCUUGAAGAAGAGUAUUAUGAUCUGCAGUGAACCCAUGCUUUACUUAUUUUGUUAUUAACAGCUAAUGUUGGUUGAAAAGAAACUCUUUUGUUUGUUAGCUUUUUGAGAGGUUUAAAAAGCCAUUUUUGUAGAAGCAAGAAAAGCUUGUUUUGGUGGGAAAAAAAAAA